AUGCAUUCGAUGGUAAUCGAAAUAUUAUACCUCUUGCUUUGGGAUCGGGGAUUUGGAGACGGAUGCAUCAUGGCAUUGGGGAACAUGAAACGCACUUGCAAGUUGAAAAAGCGUGAUCCAAUACUUAUGCACUUUGAGCAGGCUGCGAAAUCUUAUUCCAUUGCUGAAUUUGAUUGUCAUUUUCGCAAGAUCAAGCGAAAGGAACAUGUUGCUCAAUAUCUUGAAGAGGCAGGGUUACAUAAGUGGUCUAGAGCUCACAUGGAUGGACGCCGCUACAAUGUAAUGACAACAAAUAUUGCGGAGUCAAUCAACUCAGUCCUUAGGUUUGCAAGGACGCUGCCAGUGGUUCAUUUGAUAGGGGAAAUUAUGAAUCUCCUUGUCAAAUGGUUCACCGAACGUCGUGAGUGGCUUUGA